AUGUGUCCUUCAAAACGUAUAUACUGCCCCAAAUAUGGAGGUAAGCAUGAAAAUUGCGAAACAACAAUAUUUAAGUGUAUUAAUUGUACGAAAAAUCACAUGGCAUUGAAUCGUCAGUGUCCAAAAUAUAUAAAGGAGAAGAAGUUAUGGGAAAUAAUGGCUGAAUUUAAUGUUUCAUACAGGAAGGCUAUGGCAAUGUAUGUACCGCCCGAAAAACCUACUUAUGUGCCAACUCAAUCGCCAAUGCCCCAUUUAGAUAAUUUAAAUAAGAUGCCUCAAUUGCCGGAACCUAUCCCAGAAACCACAAAUAAGUUUUUUAGCUCUAUUUUGCCGGUUCAGGAGAAUUCUACACCAGUUAUUUACGCACAGGCCGCGUCAUCGAGCCCCAUUAAUAAGAACAAACUGGACAGUCGGGGAGAAAAAUCUGUUCGAAAUGACACAACUGAGAAGAUUGAGAAGAGAAGAAUUCAAGAACCUAAUUUAGAAGAGUAUAUACAUGACGGCAAUAUGUCGACAGAGUCUGAAAGUAGUUUAUGUGAUCAACCAGUGUCUGAACAAAACAAAAAAAAGAAUCGUAAUGUACAACCUGAUAUUCCUUUCUUUAAUUUAUUAAGCCAACUUAAAAGUUUUAUCUCUAAUGAGAGUAAUGAGCCUUUAAAAAGUAGAAUCGAGAAUGUAGUGCACUUAUUUUUUGAAUGGAUAAUCACAUGGAUAUUUAAACAUAUCUCGAACUUGUCUUUUUUACAAAAUUUACUCGACGGAACAUCAAAAAAAGCUGACUGGGUGAAGUAUCGUCAGGUAAUAGAAGAGGAGUGCGCUCAUUUCGAAAUUUCAAGUAACCCACAAGAAGCCUAUGAUGAUUUUAUCACUUUGUUGUUCAAAGCCGCAGAAGCAAGUAUUCCAUUUGUUAAAAUAUGCCUAAAUCUCAAGGCUAAUUUUAUUCAUAAGCCAUAUUGGCCUCCUGAUCUGUCUCACGCUGUUGCAGAGAGACGGCUAGCACUUAAAACAUUUAGACAGAAUGCCACACCGGCUAAUUUAAAUAGAUUGCAGGAAAAAACUCGCAAGGAUGGUGGGAAUUUUGUUCGUCCUUGA